AUGGGAGAAAACGAAACAAUAAUUAGUUUCGCAAGCAAGUUGGGUGGUAUAAAAUCCAAGUUUAAAAGUCUCGGUACCACCAUUAAAGAUAAGAAGAUUGUAAGGAACUUUCUUAUCUCUGUUCCGAAGAAGUUUCUACCGAUUGUGGCAUCCAUCAAGCAGUAUUCAGAAAUAGAUAAAAUGACGUUUGAAGAAGCAGUGGGUAGGAUUACAGCAUUUGAAGAACGCCUCAAGAGCCAAAACGAACCAGAGAACAAUAAUCUCUUAAUGGCAAGUUCAGACAAUCAUUCCGGAAAUUGGCAUCAUGGAAAAGGACGCAGCGAUCAAAAUCAUGGUAGAGGACGUGGAGGAAGUUCGUUCAGAGGAGGAAGAGGAUGUGGACGAAAUAUAGAUCGAGGAAAUAGAGACAAGAGCGAGUUCCAGUGUUACGAAUGUGGUGAAUUCCGUCACUUCGCAUACGAGUGUAGCAAGCGAAAAGAUGAAGAAAAGAGAGACGAAGAGGCUCAUCUUGGGUUGGAAGAAGAACCAAUGCUAUUGCAAGUCAAGCAAGUUGAAGACCUACAACAACUCAAGGAUGUUCGUGAUUAG